CCUAGACGGGCAAAGACGAAUUCCGCAUCAAAUGGGCAGGGUACCCCUCGACCCAAAACACGUGGGAGCCUAUUGAAAACAUCACUUCGAAACAGUUACUCGAGGACUACUGGGCUGAGGUCGCGAAAAAGGGCAAAGGUGAUAAAGCAAAGUCACCUGUGAGGAAGGGCAGGGCUUCUGCCGCCGCGACGCCUGCGACUGGCCGGAGUAGCCGAUCAACCAGGUCGGCUGCCGUGGAGAGUGAAGAGGAGCAGGAAGACGAGGAAGAAGAACAUGAGGAGGCUCCGGCGAAGCGCCGCGGAAGACCAGCUAAGUCGGCUAGUAAUGGCCGCGUUGGAAGGGCUACUAAUGUGCACACGAAAACGGGAUGACGAAGAUGACGAGCACGAUGAACGCGCACCCCGCAAGCGUCAGCUCCGCACCCGCGACGUCACGCCCCCUAUCUCGCACGACGUCGAGGACGGGGAAGAAAUCGACGACGACGACGACGAACCGCGUCCCCUCAAGCUCCGCUCAUCACGCACCACCGCAGCUAGCUCAGGGUCCCCCGCCGCCAAACGCAAAGCCGUUCCCCGCAAACCCACACAGUCCAUCUUCAACGCGAUGCCCGACGCGCCGGACAUCGACAACGACGAAACGGACGGCGACGAUCCGCACGUGACCAAAGAGGGCUUCAUCGCUGAAUCCCGCAUGGACCCCAAACUGAUGGCCAAGCGCUCCUGGGAAGAUGAUAUCGACCAUGUCGACACGAUUGAACGCGCCGGGAUCGGGUUGUGCGUGUAUCUGGUCUGGAAAUCGGGUCUGAAGUCCGUCCACCCCACCCCGACUGCUAACAAGAAGUGUCCGCAGAAGCUACUCGCAUUCUACGAGAGCCACCUAAAAUUCACACCCCCAGCAAACCCCUCCUCCUCCUCCUCCCCCUCCAACGGCGGAGACCAACUCGAAACUCACGGUGCGCUGGCCCUAACCCAACCCCCCAACUCAGACCCUGAAGCCGAAGAAAACGACACAACAAUCACAACCACCGAAACCACCACGACCCACUUCCGCGUCGCUACAAUCUCCACCAACAACACACUCCCGCCCUCACCCUCCGGCGACAUCAGACGUCUGUUUGAUGAGUUGGCUGAGGCUGACGCGGGUCUCUCCACCGCCUCCCGGAAUCAUAACGAGGAUGAAGAAGAGGAAGAGGGUUUACCUGAAGGAUAUGAGACGCAACGCGGUCGCGGGGCGGGAAUCUACGGCCACCUCUUCUGAGUGAUGGGAGGGGGGUUAACGCAGGGUGGUGGGAGCGAGUCGGGGAACGGGAAGAGUGGGGGAAGGGUUGCGGGUGUGAAGAGGU